AUGGAUUUGUGGGUUGUUGCAGCCGUUGCUGGAGCUGGGUGCUUGGCUAAAUAUUUGAACAAGAUUUCAAAAGAUGGUGAUGGUUCAUCUCCAUUGUCUGUGGAGGAUUCCUAUUUUGAGAAUUCUGAGUCCUCAAUCCACCCCUUAUGCACCCAAGCAGGGAGAGAUUCUUUAGAUAGAAGGGCGGCCUCAGACGUGACUUCACAGGAUUCUCUUUUGGCUUCUGAUGAAGGGCUUGAAAGUGAAAAAGUAUGCUUCUUCGGGAAUUGCAAUGAGAGUGAUGUCCUUUCUGUUUCUAACUUUAAUGGUUAUGGAAAUGAACAAAACUCCAAUGUCGGUGGUAAUUGUGGUUUCCUACCCACUGAUCUGUCUGCAGGAAAAUUGGCCCAUAAUCCUCAUGAAAAUAGAACCCCUCACAGGACUAAGCAUCUGUAUGGGCAUAUUAGUAGACCUUCAACCUCCUUAGAAAGUUGCCUAAUGGCUCAGCUAUGCAAAGAGCAUGUCACAAAGGAAGAAUCUGUCUUUUCGCCAUCCAUGGCAACGCGUUCAUUUCUUGUUAGUGAUGGAAAUCAAAUAAUCAGUAGAGCAAACAGUGAUGAUUCUUUCAGUGGAUUAACUGGAAGUGGUGAAUAUAGGUUGCAUAGAGAAGCCAAUAAAGUGAAGGAUAAAAGUGUAUUAUUUGGAGUUCCUUCCUUACCCAAAACUGGAUCUUCUAAUGAAGCCAAGAGGAUGAAGUUUAAUGCUGGCAAUGAACGAAAUAAGAGAUUGAGCCCUACUAGCAAUGUGUUCAGUGGAAAGCAGAUUCGUACUCAACAUGGUAUGGUUCUUGAAUCUUGA